AUGCCGACCUCCUCCACCCAACUGCCAGCCCCUGACUCUAUCAACUCCACCAAGCAACCUAACUCCAACAUCAACUUCUUCUCCAAGUUCAUCCACUCAGAUGAACAACUGUACACAGAUUUUUAUAGCCUGUGGAUUGUUCUGAUGGUAGUCAAUGCCAUCAUUUUCCUGGUGGGUGUUGUGCUGAACAGCUUGGCACUGUAUGUCUUCUGCUUCCGUACCAAGACAAAAACCACCUCUGUUAUUUACACCAUCAACUUGAUCAUAACUGAUCUCCUGGUGGGCUUUUCCUUGCCUGUCCGGAUCAUCAUGUUCUACAGUGCAGGAGAUUGCAAGAAUUGUCCCUUGGUUCACAUCUUUGGCUACUUUGUCAACAUGUACUGCAGCAUCCUCUUCUUGACGUGCAUCUGCGUUGACCGCUACCUGGCAAUAGUGCAGGUGGAAGCCUCUCGUAAAUGGAGGAACCCCACCUGUGCCAAGGGGAUCUGCAUCUUCAUUUGGAUCUUUGCCACUGUAGUGACUUUCUCCAUCCUGACCAUGGCGAUAAAGUUUGCCGAGUGCUGCCUCUCCAAGAUCCUGGUCCUGAUGGUCUGCGAGUACUUCUUCCCCCUCAUCAUAAUCAUCUUCUUCACCACCAGGAUUAUGUGUGCGCUGUCCAAACCCAGCCUCAUGCACCAGAGUCGGGAGAGGAGAAUGAGGGCUGUGCAGCUCCUUAUCACUGUCCUCAUCAUCUUCAUGAUCUGCUUCACUCCUUUCCAUGUGCUACAGGUCGCAAUCUCCAUCAACCCAGACAUGCCCCACAACGUCAGCCUCCUCGUCUACCACGUGACAGUGACUCUGAGUAGCCUCAAUAGCUGCAUGGACCCCAUUGUCUAUUGCUUUGUCACCAAUAACUUCCAGUCAACCAUGAAAAACAUCUUCAGGAAAACCGAGCCAGAGCAAACUAAUGCAGACAUCCUGGGUAUGAACAAGAACUCCAAGGGCUCCAAUGCAAUCAUUGCCUUCUCAAACACAAUAGGAAGCCCUCUGAGCUUGCCAUCACCAAGCAGUGUCCAGAUAUAA